AUUCCCUCGCGCCUCGCCCGCCGAACACUUCACACGGCUCCCCUGUCGCGCGUUCAGUCAUUCAGUCCCCGGCAUCGGCCCGCGAGUGACACGCGCCCUCUCCCACCUUCUCCCUCUCUGUCUCUCCCUCCCUCUCUCUUCCCCGCAAGCGUGCGCCCCCCUCGGCAACCCACCGCGCAUCAUCGCUCCAGCAACCGGGAAGGCGAACAACUGGAUAAGUUCCAAAGUGCCAACGGGAGGAAGACAGCGACCUGCUGGACGCAAAGCGCGCUCCGCAGCAAGGAGAAGCAGUGGCCGGAGCAGCAGACGACGCGGGCAGCGCGCUCUCACGGCGGGGCGUCUCCAGCGGCGGCGUGCCGGCUCGACUCCGCCGGCCGAACCGAACCGACCCGCGCGGGCAGUCGGACUCGGACUGGGAAGGGAGCGAGCGCGUCGCUCACGAGCCCUUUCAGCCAUCCGUGUCGUGUUGGUGCUCGGUGGCGGUCGUCGCGGUCGUCAAGCACACCGAGUGCCUCUACGACGCACGCGAACGCGCGCGCGCGUGUGUGUGUGUGUUUGCGUGUGGUGUCAAUGUGCGCGCCUGCUCGCGACCAAGUCGAGUAGUGCAACAAGUGGUGAAGUUACUGUGUGAAACUGGCCCCAUUCUUCGGGCAUCCAAGAGACCGUCACCUGCUCCCCUUCGUCGCCCCCAACUGACCGAGGCUUCGCCGUCAUGAACAACACCGUGUCCACGGACCUGAACGCGCUGGCGUCGGACGACCCGGACUGGGGCUCCAAGACGUCGCUCAACGACGGCAGCAUGGAGCUGAUGCUGCCGGACGGCAGCGACGAGGCGGACCAGCGCUCCGUCACCAAGAUGAUCCCGUCGGAGGGCAAGCAGGGCGGCCGGCACGACACGCUGCCCUUCGUCAAGCAGUGGAGCUACGCGAUGCACCGCAUCCCCACGACCCGGGAGGCGUCCAGGAUCACGCUCAAGGCCAAGGCGCGCUUCCAGCAGGACCUCGGGCUGCGCGGCUACCGCGCCCUCGACUGCAAGCGGAAGGCGGGCAUAGCGGGCUUGUUUGUGGCCUUCUUGUUCUGCCUGGCGGGCACCACUGUCAUGUGGUGCACGUCCCUCUUCCAAGACCUGGUGACGGGGACGAUGGUCAUAUCCAACUCGUCCAACACCUGGGACUGGUGGCGGGCGCCGCCGGUCAGCCCGCUGCUCAUGGUCUACAUCUUCAACUACACCAACGCGGACACGUUCGGCCAGGACGGGCAGAAGCUGCGCGUCAAGGAAGUGGGGCCCUUCACGUACAGGGAGACGACGGAGAAGGUGGACUUCAAGUUCUACGACAACGCCACGCUCUCCUACCACGAGAAGAAGACGUAUGAAUUCCUCCCCGAGAUGUCGGCCUACCCCGAGAGCGCCAAGGUGUACGUCCCCAACAUCCCCUUUCUGAGCGCCGUGGCUGCGGCUCGCGACCGAAACUUCAUCGAGCGCUGGGGCAUGAACAUGAUGCUGCACAGCUUCGACUCGAAGCCCAUCCUCCACAUCAACGUGCGCGACCUGCUGUUCGGCUACGAGGACCGCAUCUUCAACGUGGCCAAGUUGACGGCCAUCAACGGCCAAAUACCCUUCCAAAAGUUUGGGCUCAUGGUGCCGAAAGUGGGCGUGUCUGAGCACGAGAUCACGAUGCACACGGGCGCCGGCGACAUGAGCCGGCUGGGCCAGAUCGUCAACUUCAACGGCUACGACAACCAGGGCGUGUGGCGGUCCGACGAGUGCAACGCCAUCCAGGGCAGCGACGGCUCGCAGUUCCCGCCGCCCUCUGUGUCGCCAGAGGCGCGCCUCUGGGUCUACAACCGCGACAUGUGCCGCCGCCUGCCGCUCGUCUUCAACGAGUACACCGAGGCGCAGGGCAUGCCCGCCUACCGCUUCGGCAUGCCGGCCAACGUGUUCGACAACCCGCGCGACAACCCCGACAACGCCUGCUUCUGUCACGAGGACGACCCCAGCCUCUGCCUGCCCAGCGGCGUCUUCAACGCGUCCGCCUGCAACCUGAACGCGCCCGUCGUGAUGUCAUUCCCGCACUUCCUGCACGGCGACCCCGCGCUGCUGCACAACGUGGAGGGCCUGAAGCCGCAGCCCGGCCAGCACGACAUGUUCGUCGACAUCCACCCGAAGCUGGGGCUGACCCUGGGCGGAGUGUCGCGCCUGCAGGUCAACGUGCAGGUGCGGCGGGCGGCGGGCGUCCUGGGCCAGACCAUGAGCCACUUCAAGGACCUGAGCAUUCUGCCCGUGGCCUGGUUCGAGCUGAAAGUGACGGAGUUCCCGCCGCCGCUGAAGAACCUCCUGUACCACGCCACGUUCACGGUGCACAUCCUGGAGCUGCUCCUCAUGUACGGCUUCCUGGCCGGCGGGAUCGCGUCGGCGGCCGUGCUGUUCCGGCGGCUGUGCCUCCGGGAGCGCGGCACCCUGGACCUGUCGGCAGAGUCCCCCGACUCAGACUCGUCGUGAGGUGAAGUGUGUGAAGCGUGACGUUUAGAAAGCCUCUACAGUAUUCACUCAUCUCAGGACGCGUUUGCCUCCGCGAGGUCCCUGCCGCGAGGUCGCGAUGCGGGGCUGGUUUUCCGAUUCGCGACGGAUCGCUGGCAUCGUGGUUUUUAAUGUUUCUCAUUUUCUACUUGGGUAAGCGAAACCAAGAGAAAUUUGAGCAAUAUGAACUGGGGCUGCUUGCUCGGGUGCGGGGCGCAGGGCGCUUGCGAAGGAUCCGUUGAGGGGUCCAAUUCAGUAUUUGUUAAAGUCUGCCUGCGUGUGUGUGUGUGUGCUUGUGUGUGUGAGAGAGAAUAUGUGUACGUGUGAGAGAGCGCGCUCUUGCGUGCGACUUCUGUGAGCCAUCGCCUUAAAACGUCCCAAGUAAUAAAACAUUCCAUUGGACCCCUCGACCGAGUCGUCGAAUAGCCGUUGACCGGCAUUUUGUGGUGUUUUAACCCAAUCUGAUAGUUUGAUAGGUGUUUGUGUUCUCUAAUACUCAAGUGUCGUUUACUCAGUACCUCUAAGGAACGCCUGCUCAAUGGGCUUAAUAGCCCAGAUGUCUCAAGCUGCCUGGCCUGGUCGACAGGCCUACGGGACCACCCUUAGCUUUAAUUUAGGGUGCUCAGCACUCCCCUGUACAAUAUCUUAGUUCAAAUAGAUUUUUUUAUACCUGGUUUUAAAUCAAAUUAUUUAGGUACCUGUAGUUUUGUACAACAUUGUUUUUCAACAAGUUACUAUUAGAGAACGAAUCCCUCCGAUUGUGGAUGAUUGUUAACAGCCUUUAAAUUGUUGACAAUUUUGUUGCUCUAUUUAUCUUAUUUAUGAUAUAAAAUGGCUGGAUUUUGUCAUACUAUGCUAUGUGAACUAAUAUCAUGGUAUUGUCGAUGAUAUUGCCACUUCCUGCAUUCUCUCUUAGACCCUGUUCAUUGUUAUGUUAUUUUUAGUGUCAGAUGUGUUUGUUGAAGCUGAGGUUGAUGCCAUAUGUUCAAUAUUUAUUUCGUCAUUUGUUAAAAAUAGUUGUUAUUCAUUAUGGUUAAGUGAUGCGGAGUAAGUGGUGGACUUUUGCCAAGCAAUGUGGAAUGACCACUGUCCAUAAAUAAUACAGCCCUUUUGUUACAACCA